AUGAAGCCUGGAGAGGAUUUCGCCGGCAGCUUUUAUAGCAGUCUCAGAUCAAUUGUAACCUUGACUGACAACCUCAGAGACGCUGGGCUGCAGAAGUAUAUUCGUCUCCCUCGCAUUGUGACACUUGGAAUUCAGAGCAGUGGGAAGAGCUCGGUGCUAGAGUCUAUAGUAGGCUUGAAUUUUCUACCGAGAAGUGAAGGCAUAUGUACGAGAUGUCCGCUUGAGCUGAGGCUGGUACAUACUGAAAAUGAAACAAAGCCAUGGGCUGAAUUUGAUGGAGUGCAGGAAAAGUUCACUGAUUUUGGAAAAGUGAAAGAUAUGAUCCUGACGAUGACUGAAAAGAAAGCAGGGAGAAAUAAAGGAAUUGUGGAUGAUCCUAUUGUAUUGACUAUUCAUUCUAGCACUUGUCCUGAUUUAACACUUAUUGACUUGCCGGGAAUCACUAGAAUACCGCUUGCUGGAAGUGACCAUCCGCCUGAUAUUGAAAGAAUUACUAAUUCCCAAUUCCAUUAACCAGAAAAAAGAUUUUAUCAAUCACGGGAUAGGCUUAUUUUUUUAGAGUAAUUAUAUACCAAAAUAAAUUUAUUCUUUUGGGAUGCAAGCUAAAUAAUAUUGGAAUAUCAAUUAUAUUAAAAUAUCUUUUUCGAGCACUCACAGGGUCAAUCUUUUCCAAAGAAUAGGGAAUUUUCGAAAUAUUUUACGCUCAUAGAGGUGGUGUAAGGAGAUGUGCUUCAGAUAUAUUUCUGAUCCAAGAACAAUUAUAUUAUGUUUAUGUCCAGCGAAUACUGAUUUAAGUACUUCUGAGUCUUUGCUGAUGGCUAAGAAAGUUGAUAAGGCUGGCAUUAGAACUAUUGGAGUCAUUACAAAAAUUGAUAUUAUGGACAGAGGGACAAAUGCAAAAAAAAUCCUUCUUGGAGAAGAAAUACCUUUAAGGCUUGGCUAUGUAGGAGUCUUAGUCUUAAUUAAUAUUAGAAAGUGUCUGCCGUUUUGAUUACGCAGUCACCAAAGACCCCUUUUUCGGGGUUCACCUGCUUUGCGGCGUAGUCCUAACAGCCAUAAAGACUGCCAAGAGGACAUACGUCUACUCCUUCCCACAGCGUGCUGCGGCUUAAGUGUUGAGUGGGCGAGCUAUGGACUUCUGCGGCUGCUGCUUGAGUUGACGAGAGUUGGCUUUCCGAAAUUCCAAAAAAUGGAAUUUCUGGUCACCUUUCGGCAAAAAGUGAAAUUCCAAGUCCUGGGACGUAACGCCCAGUUUCACGCUAGGUAGUUGCCCGAAAGGUCUAGGCAUUGCCUGUAGACUCCGCUGGGUUACCCUUUCCAAACCUAGACACCCUUUCCUCUCGGGAUAAAAUCUAUUCUGGUCGUUGGGCAUGGGCCAGGCUCUGCUCUGCAGAAUUGUUUACCAUGGCUUUUUGCCCAUUUCCUGAAUGGCAAAACCUUGCCGGAUAUAAUUAAAAUAUGAGUCGAGUAUGUAUGGCCGGGAGGCCAUACCCAGACGAAGACGCCAUAUUUUAAUUGGCUAUGUAGGAGUCAAAAAUAGAUCACAGGAAGAUAUUAAUAACAAUGUCAAGGUAGAAAAUGCAUUAAAUGAAGAAAAACAGUUUUUCGCCUCACACCCAGUUUACUCCACAAUCUCACAAGGCUACCUCGGGACUGAAGUUUUAACUCAAAAACUUACUCAUGUGAUGUUUAACCAUAUUAAAGGGUUUUUGCCUGAAAUUAUGAGGGAAACUAUGCAUAGAAUAAAAGAAUGCGACGACAAAUUGAAAGAACUUGGCCCAAGCACCCCUGAAGAGCCCCGCCAAAAGGUUCAGCUGCUUUGGAAUAUGGUCACCGAUUUUUGUGAAAUUUUCAAAAAUACUAUAAGAGGGAAAUAUGAUAGAAAGCUAUCAUCGAGGAUAACUAAAGAUUUAGCAGGAGGGGCUACAAUUAAGGGUUACUUUAAUUCCCUGCUCUCUGAAUUUUCAGGAAUAAAUUAUAAAGUGACUGAAUCAUAUACCAACGAAGAUAUUCAGCAUGCAAUGGCUUCUCAUGAAGGAGACAGUAUACCCGGCUUCCCAUCAGUUGAUGUAUUUAUUUUCUUACUUCAGCCUCAGCUAGAAAAACUACGAGAGCCCGUCCUUGACUGCUUAAUGAACGUCCACUCCUAUCUCGAACAGCUUGCCCACAAAUUAAUCGAAAGAAUUUUCUUCAGGUUCCCGUCGUUGUCUACAGAAAUUUCAGAUCUUGCUUCUCAUGUAUUAUUAAAAGAGCGCGAAGAGUGCAGAGAAAUAGUAGAGAAAAUGAUAGAUUCUGAAGAGACUUACGUGUUUACUAAUGAUCUUGAUUACUUAACAUCUAGAACUGACAUUGUGCCGAAGUCAGAUGGAAAACCAAAAAGCUCAGAAAAUUUGUUUGUAGAUGAAAUAAGAAACAGAAUUGACAGCUAUUUUCGGCUUGUCAUAAGGACUGUCAGGGAUAGCGUUCCUAAAGCUAUUGGGACGUUUUUGGUGAGGUCUGUAAUGGAUAAAAUGCAGAUGGAAUUAUAUGAAAGAAUAAAUAUGACUGAAUCAAUUAUCGCAAAAGUAAGCGAGCCUGCACAUAUUUCAGCUGAAAGAAGUAUGCUUAAGAACCAGCUGGAAACUUUGAGAAAAGCAGAGAAAAUUAUGAAGCAUGACCCUGAAUUAGCGAACCAGGCUGAUUCUUUUGCUGAAGAAAUCCGGAAGCAGGAUGAUGAGCUAAAGGCUGCUGCAGAAGAGAGGAAAAAGAGAGAAGAGGAGAAAAAGAAAAAAGAUGAGGAGAAAGCUAAAAAAGAAGAAGAGAAAGUAAGAAAAGAUGAAUUAGAUAGCCAAGAAAAAGCUAAAAGAACUGCUGAAGUAGUUAAACAAGAAGAAGUCUCAAAGCAGCCAGAAUUAGUUCCAUCGAAGACUGAUAGUGGCAAGUCUUCUUCAAGUUCUCUCUUCGGGGAUUUUAGGAGACCUACAAAGAAAACAGACCAAUCUCUAUUUUAA